CGUUAAUUUUCAUUCUGCGAUCAUUUCGAGUUUCUAAAUUUUGAUCAAUUUAGUAAAAUUCCCUCUGAGAUUUAUUCGUUCUUUCUUUGAAUUUUCUCGAGAAAAAUGUCUUGCUGUGGAGGAAACUGCGGUUGUGGAUCUGGCUGCAAGUGCGGCAACGGAUGUGGAGGUUGCAAAAUGUACCCUGACUUGGGAUUCUCCGGCGAGACAACCACAGCUGAGACUUUUGUCUUGGGCGUUGCACCGGCGAUGAAGAAUCAGUACGAGGCUUCAGGCGAGAGUAACAACGCUGAGAACGAUGCUUGCAAGUGUGGAUCUGACUGCAAGUGUGACCCUUGCACCUGUAAAUGAAGACCCUUUUUAAUUUAUAAGAAGCAGAGAUAAUCAAGUCUUUAUUUAAUUAAGUUAUUUAAUAAGUAACCUUAAUGGUGUUUUAGGUUUGGUUUAUGUGUAAUAAUGGCUGCAGCCUGCAGCUUAUCUUUUAGCCGACAAUACUCUUUUGUGUGUGUUUUGAUCAAUAUCUUUUAGAUGUCUCUGCCAUGUGAUGAGUUUGUACUUGCAGUUGAAUGAUAAAAAUAUGAUACUAGUUUUUAAUU